AUGUCCAUCGCCAGUAUACGAGCAUCCAACGCCUCUAUAUUCUCUUCCUUGACCGCACCCACCGCCGUCUUCUUUGGGGGUACCGCCGGAAUCGGCCAAGCAAUGGCCCAAUCACUCGCCUCCCAUACCCAAGGCAACGCCAACAUCAUCAUUGUCGGACGAAACGCCAAAGCUGCGCAGGAAAUCAUCGAUUCGUUUCCUCGUCCAUCCUCAUCAGUGAAACCCAUCCACGAAUUCGUCCCAUGUGACGCCAGCCUCAUGUCCAAUGUCGCCAGUGCUACAGAGGAGGUGAAGAAACAUCUUGGAGAAAAGAAGGUGGACUUUCUCGUCCUCACGACGGGAUACCUCACUAUAUCGGGAAGGGAGGAAACGAAAGAGGGAAUGGACAAGAAAAUGGCGGUCACUUAUUAUGCGAAAUGGAAGUUUGUGAAGGAUUUAAUGGGUUCGUUGAAGGAGGGUGGGUCCAAGGUGGUGUCUGUCAUGUCACCUGGAAAUGGAGGGAGAAUCGAUGUGAAUGACCUGGAUAUGAAAGAGUUAUUCUGCCGCAAAAGUGGGGCUCCGGAUGCCGACGGCUUUGCACAGCGGUAUACCCUCCAUUCGUUCAUACACGCCAAUCCCGGAGCCGUGCGAACGAACUAUGUAUAUGCAUCACCUUCCGCAGUGUUCCGAUACACUGCACCGCUCAUUAUGGGGCUAGCGUACCCAUUUGCAAUCUCGCCAGAGGAUUGCGCAGAGUACAUGUGGCAUGGGACCUUGCAAAAGGCCGCAGGCGUGUUCAGGGUUGGCAGCCGAGGCGAGGAUCUGGGAAAGAAGCGGUACUUUGGGAAUGAAGAACAGAGAGAAAAGCUUUGGAACCAUACGGCUGCGAUGGUGGAAGGGGAGUAG